AUGACCUCGAACAACCGUCUUUCCAUGGACACGUUCCACAUGAUGAACAAGAAACCGCUCAUUCCCCAGGGUCCCCCAAUCUAUUAUUAUAUCAUGAUGACACUCGCCUGGAUCAUCUUUGUCUUCACACUGCCGCUCUCUCUUUUUGUUUGCAUAAAGAUUGUCCAUGAAUACAAGAGAAUGGUUGUAUUCAGACUUGGCCGGAUUAAGGGAACGGGCACCAUGGGUCCAGGAGUUGUGAUGAUACUGCCUUGUGUGGAUGAGCAUCACAUGAUCGAUCUGAGAACCAUGUCUUACGACGUGCCUUCACAAGAAAUGCUCACGAAAGACUCGGUUACAGUGUCUGUAGAUGCGGCUGUAUAUUAUAGAACAAGGUAAGGCGGCGCUUGAAAUAUGAUUACUUAAGUAGAGUAAAUCCAAUUUGAUCAUUUAUUCAGCGACCCGGUGGCAACAAUUAAUUGCAUAGCUGAUGCUCAUUUGAGCACAAAGAUGCUAGCACAAACAGCCUUGAGAAAUGUUCUUGGAACCAGAACGUUGAGUGAGAUCAUGUCGGAACGAGAGAGUAUCGCGCAACAAGCCCAAGAAGUUCUGGAUGAAGGUGAGAAUACGCGGUUUAUAUAAAUAGUUAUAUAGGAACCGAUCCUUGGGGUAUCAAGGUGGAACGAGUGGAAGUCAAGGACAUUAGGCUUCCACGAGAACUUUGUCGAGUAUUGGCCGCUGAAGCCGAAGCCUCCAGAGAAGCCGACGCUAAGAUCGUUUCGGCCGCAGGAGAGUUAAAUGUAAGAUGAUGAUUCUUUGCCAUUACAUCGUUAAUUUAAGGCCUCGUUUUCUCUGAAAGUAGCCGCCGACCGGUUUAAAAAUUCGCCCGCAGCCAUCCAACUACGAUAUCUUCAAACUCUGAGUCGAAUAUCAACUUCACAGAACCAUACCAUCAUACUGCCGGUGCCAAUGGAAAUCAUAAAACGUUAUAUGAAGAGAGUCAAACAAGCCUAA